GGCAGACGUGGGAUGGGGCGGAGUCUACCGGGGCCUGAGCCCGAAACGGGAUGCGGAGGAGAGAGCGACCGAGAGGGACCCUCUUCCCCCAUCCCAGGUUGUAACCGGGCGGGGCCUGUCUCUGGAUCGCCCGGCGCCCCGAUCUCGGUUCCGCGUCUCCGUGGGGCAGCCCCGGGGCUCACCCGGCCGGGCCCCCCCACCCCGAUGGCGCCGGACGACGGCACCGACUGGCUUCUGGCGCUGCUCACCGACAUCCAGCUGGAACAGUUUUACCACAAGAUCCGGGACGAGUUACACGUCACCCGCCUGGGCCACUUCGACUACGUCAAACCCGCCGACCUCGACCACAUCGGCAUGGGGCGCCCCGGUCAGCGGCGGCUGGAAGACGCCAUCAAGCGCAGGAAGCAGCAGUGGCCGCGCCCCAAGUCCUGGGUUUAUAAGAUGAUCGGUGGCCCGAGGACCCAGGAGCCAGGGGAGGGGCCCUCCCGCCCCCCACCUCCUCGCCCAGACUCGGACACCCCCCUGAAAUGCCUAAUCAGUGAAUGGGACCUGCGCCUGCGGGAGCGGCUGGGCGACGGCUGCUUCGGGGUGGUGCACCGGGGGGAGUGGACCCCGCCCGGCGGGGGCACCCUCUCCGUGGCGGUGAAAUCCCUCCGCUCCGACGUCAGCACCGACCCCCUCGCGCUGGUUGAUUUCCUCAAUGAGGUGAACACCAUGAGCACCCUGGACCAUCCCCACCUCCUGCGGCUCCACGGGGUUGUCCUCAGCCAGCCCCUCAAGAUGGUGACGGAGCUGGCCCCGCUGGGCUCCCUGUACGACCAGCUGCGCCUGCCCUUCCCCCUGCACCGGCUCUGGCUCUACGCCAUGCAGGUGGCCCAGGGCAUGGCUUACCUGGAGUCCAAACUCUUUAUCCACCGUGACCUGGCCGCCCGCAACGUCCUGCUGGCCUCCGAGGAGCACGCCAAGAUCGGCGACUUUGGCCUCAUGCGGGUGCUCUCGAGCAAGGGGGACCGGUACAUCAUGUCCGCCCACCGCAAAAUCCCCUUUGCCUGGUGCGCCCCCGAGAGUCUGCGCUCCGGCGUCUUCUCCCACGCGUCCGAUGUGUGGAUGUUCGGGGUCACCCUCUGGGAGAUGUUCUCCUACGGCGAGGAGCCCUGGAUGGGGCGCUCGGGACGCCAGAUCAUGCUGUCGGUGGAGCGGGAGGGGGCGCGGCUGGAGCGCCCCGAGGACUGUCCCCGCGGCCUUUAUGGGCUGCAGCGGCGCUGCUGGGCCCCCAACCCCGAGGAGAGACCCCACUUCCGGGACAUUGUCGGCCUGCUGCACGAGCUCCGUCCCCGGGAGGUGCGAGCCACUCAGGACUUGAAUGAACCGGGGUGGCUGAGACUGGAAACCAACGAUCUCAUCACGGUGAUUGAGGGCAGCCCCGAGUCCUCGACCUGGCGGGGCCAGAACAGGCGGACUCUGCGGGUCGGGAUCUUCCCGGCGUCGGUGGUGAGCCCGGAGGAAUCGCCCACUGCUGGGGUGCCCCGGAUCAGCCUCCCCGUCCGCAACAGCUUCCAGCACGUGGGGCAUGGUGACCUGGACCCCAGCCGCAGCUGGGGAGCCCCUGACCGCAUCGAGGAGCCGCAGGGGAAGCCCCGGGACCCAAAAGAGCCAGGCGGGAUCAAGCCAGGGAGCCAGCAGCUUCUCCGGCUGACGCGUCUCUCUAAGAGUCUGGACUCAGUGUCGGAUUUCAGCGUCCUUCGGGCGAAACCCAGGCGUCCGGGUGACGAUCUCGCGUUCCUGCCUCGUCACGUCGGCCACCCACCGUCUCGCUCGCCAGGGGAAAUGGGGCUACGGCCCCUGGAGACGCCCCCAAAGUCACGGCCUGCCCCUCGGCCCUGCCUACCCCGCAGGAUUGAUGCUCCACUCCAGCAACCUGGGGCCAGGGACAGGAGGGAGGCAGGGGGCACCAGGGCCUCUGGGGGGGCCCACAGGGCUGCAGAGGGGGUCAUGGGGCCCCCAUGUGGGGGGCAGAACAGCAACAGUGACAUGGAGUGGAAAAUCAAAGAGGUGGAGGAGAAGGUCCACGGGGUGACGGUGGAGGAGUGUCGCGAGGCGCUGAGGCUGAACGGCUGGGACACCCAGAGAGCCAUCGAGACGCUAAAGGUUGACCAGCUGUUCCACGUCAGCCCACACUCCCGGCUCGAGUGCCGGCGCAUCCUGGAGAAGCAUCGCUGGAACCUGGCCAUGGCCUCGCGCUACGUCCUGAGCCGUGGCCUCCGGGCCUGAAUGGGGCAACGUCCCGCCCACCCCAGCAGGGCCCAGUGAUGGCCUCUGCUUCCCGCCUCGGCCUGGCCUCGACCUUCCGGCCUCCCAGAGCCGGGGAGAGAACCCAGGAGUCCUGGCUCCCAGCCCCCCCGCUCUACUCACCAGCCCCCACUCCCCUCCCAGAGCCGGGGAGAGAACCCAGGAGUCCUGGCUCCCAGCCCCCCUGCUCUAACCACCCAGCCCCCACUCCCCUCCCAGAGCCGGGGAGAGAACCCAGGAGUCCUGGCUCCCAGCCCCCCCCUGCUCUAACCCACCAGCCCCCACUCCCCUCCCAGAGCCGGGGAGAGAACCCAGGCAUCCUGCGGCUGGUUGUGCCUUGAUUGUGUGUCUGUAGCUUGCUGGGGUUGUGUGUGCGUUUAGGGAGGGGCCUGAGGGUGUGUGUGUUGUGUAUGUGUGAUUGUGCGCGUCGACUGUUUUUGCCUGUUCCCACAUGUGUGGUUGUGGAGCUUGCACUAUUGUGUGUGCAUUUUGGAGGGGAGGCACAAUUGUGGGUGUGGGGUGUGUGUCUGCACACUGCUUGGGAGAGGCUUGUGCAUCCAUUGCGUGUGGCGGUGCGUCCGCCCCCUUCCUAGGGCUCGGGAUAUUUCACAAGGCUUGUGUGUGGAUUGGGUGUGAUGAAUGUGCAAAGCUGUCUGUGUGUGAGGUGGUGUGUGACUUGCACAUGAAGGGGUCGGGGCGGGCCUGCGAGCCGGGUCCUGUGUGUACCUAGUGUACAGUUGUUACGGGUGUUGUAUAUAUUGUGCAAAGCAAUAAAGAUGAACUAGA